AUGGCUACCUUAGCUGUGACAGCCAAAAAUUUAACAACCGAUCAAUCCGCUCUUCUUCAAUUCAAAUCACAUAUCACUUCCGAUCCCUACAGUGUACUGGCAUAUAACUGGUCCAUUUCUAAUCCAAUCUGUAACUGGAUUGGUAUUUCCUGUGGUGGUCACCAUGAAAGAGUCACAGUCUUGAACCUUUCAUCCAUGGAUCUCGGUGGCACCAUCUCUCCACACCUGGGCAAUCUCUCAUUCCUGGUGAAUCUCGAUCUUAGUUACAACAAUUUCCAUGGCCAUCUGCCAAAUGAACUGGGACAAUUACGCAGACUGAGAGUCUUCUCUGUCGGUAACAAUAGAAUAAGUGGAGGUAUUCCGGGAUUUAUUGGUCUCUUAUCCAAACUCCAAUUCCUAAAACUUGAAUAUAAUAAUUUCUCAUGUACCAUCCCAGAUGUUCUCUUCAAUGUAACUACGCUAGAGGCCUUGUGGUCACACAACAAUAAUAUCCAAGGAAGCAUUUCAUCAGAGAUUGCGAAGCUCACCAGGUUGAAAAUUUUCUAUAUGGCAAGCAACUUUCUCUCGGGCUCCAUACCUUGGGGCAGCAUCUACAACUGUUCCUUGCUACAAGUGUUUCGUUUAGGCGGCAAUUCUUUGUCUGGCAGUCUGCCGGAUGGUCUCUGUAAUCGUCUUCCAAAACUUGAAUGGCUAACUCUAGCUUUAAAUGGACUUUCUGGCCAGCUUCCAAGAAGUUUAGGCAACUGCAGCGAGGCUGUUGUUUAUUCAUUUUCGCGGAAUAAAUUUACAGGACUCAUACCACAACAUAUUGGAAAUUUGAGUAAGCUUAUGUGGUUGGCUCUUGAGAGUAACAACUUAGAAGUGCUUCAUCUUGGGUCCAAUAACUUCACCACUGAAUCACCAACUGCAGAAUGGAGCUUUCUGUCUUCUUUGACAAAUUGCAGGAAACUAAAGGAUCUAAUCUUGGAGUAUAAUCCACUGUAUGGCGUCAUACCACUUUCAAUCGGCAAUUUAUCUGAAACUCUAGAAAUUUUUGUUGCAAGUAAUUGCAAGAUCAGGGGCAACAUUCCUACAGAGGUGGGUAACUUGCAUAACUUGAUGUGGUUAGUUCUUUCGGAAAAUGACUUGAACGGAUUUAUUCCAAUGACGAUGGGAAAUUUGCUGAAUCUCCAAGGUCUAUGGCUAAAUAAAAAUAAUUUUUUGGGGUUCAUUCCUUACGAGCUUUGCAAACUACACAUGAUAGAUAAACUGCAGUUAAAUGAUAAUAUGCUCUCUGGACCAAUUCCAACAUGCAUGGCAAAUUUGACUUCUCUGAGAGAUCUGCAGUUAGGCUCCAACAAAUUUAACUCUAGAAUACCCCCAUCCUUAUGGACUCUUCAAUAUAUCUUGCAGGUAAAUUUGCCAUUGAAUUCAUUUAGCGGUUUUUUAUCUGCAAGUGUACAGAGUUUGAAGGUCUUGAGAGAACUAGAUUUGUCAAAAAAUCUCUUGUCAGGAAACAUUCCCACCACCCUUGGAGGCCUUCAAUCUCUUGAAACUCUAUCUUUGGCUGACAAUGGAUUUGAAGGUGCCAUCCCAAACACAUUUGGGGCAUUGAUAAGCUUGGUAUCCUUAGAUCUCUCUAACAAUAGUUUUUCAGGUGAAAUUCCCAAGUCAUUGGAGGCUCUCACCUAUCUCAAAAACUUUAAUGUCUCUGUGAAUAAUUUACAAGGGGAGAUUCCCAACAAAGGUCCUUUCAAAACAUUUUCUGCUCAAUCCUUUUUGUUAAAUCAUGCAUUAUGUGGUUUGUCAGGGCAAGGGGUUCCUCUUUGCAAGGUUGACGCCCUCAAAUGUUCAAAGACACUGGUAAUGAAAUACAUUUUGCCUUCAGUUCUCCCAGUUUUAGUGACAGUGAUUGUAUCCGUUAUCUUCAUAAGGUGUUAUUACAAAAGAAAACAUUCUCCAGUUGAUCGAAUUGAUUCGUUACCUUUAGCAACAUGGAGAAGAACAUCUUAUCUAGAAAUUCAACAAGCCACUGAUAAUUUCAACCAGUGCAACUUGCUUGGUAUUGGUAGCUUUGGUUCAGUAUUCAAAGGGACACUUCCCGAUGGAACUAUAGUUGCAAUAAAGGUUUUUAAUUUACAAGAAGAGAGUGUCCUUAGAAGCUUUGAUUCUGAAUGUGAAGUAUUGCGUAACAUUCGUCAUCGAAAUCUCAUAAAAGUCUUGAGCAAUUGUUGUAACAUCGAUUUUAAGGCCUUGAUUCUCGAAUUCAUGCCCAAUGGUAGUCUUGAGAAGUGGUUGUAUUCUCACAACUAUUUCCUAGAGAUGCUACAAAGGUUGAACAUAAUGAUAGAUGUUGCAUCGGCUCUUGAAUAUCUCCAUCAUGAUUAUUCAACACCAGUCAUCCAUUGUGAUUUGAAGCCCCAAAAUAUCUUAUUAGAUGAAGAUAUGGUUGCCCAUGUGAGUGAUUUUGGCAUUGCCAAGCUCUUAGAUGAAGGAGAUUCGAAAACACGAACCCUUACACUAGCAACUAUGGGGUAUAUGGCGCCAGAGUAUGGAUCAAUGGGGAUUGUGUCCACAAGAGGAGAUGUCUAUAGUUUUGGGAUUUUGUUGAUGGAAACUUUCACAAGAAAAAAGCCCAUAGAUGAGAUGUUUGCUGGAGAAAUGAGCUUAAAGAACUUGGUGGAGGCAUCAUUACCUGAUGCAGUAACUGAAGUUAUGGAUGGUAAUUUGUUAAGAAAAGAGAUUGGUUUUGGUGCCGAAGUGAAUUGCAUGUUAAGCAUCAUGAAUUUGGCUUUGAAUUGUUCCAUGGAAUCACCUGAACAAAGGAUCAAUAUGAAAGAUGCCUUGGCAAAACUCAAGAAGAUCAAAUUGCAGUUUCAGCAAGAUGUAGGAGGCACCUAAA